AUGUGCAAUGCUUCCAUACACACCAUUUCCACCUCCAUCCCCACCUUCUCCGGCUCCCGUUCCGCCCCCGCCAUCCCCCUCUCCUCCCUCCCCACCCUCACCAACUCCCCCUCCCCACCGUCUCCUGAUGAUGGAGGCGAACUUCGGGAGAGACAUAGAGAGAAUCAUCAUCAUCGCGAAUCUAUAGAAGAAGAUUGCUGCAAAUGGUUGGAAGCUUUAGAUAUUGAGUGUGUAUGUGGCCUGCUUCAUAACCACCUGCCUGUAUUCCUCUCGAAGCCUGCACAUGAAUAUACUCUUUAUGUUAGUGGCUCGUGCAACAUUACUUACGCUUGUGAUGGGAAAAAUGUGUGA